CGACCUCAUUGCACGAAGAUGGGCGUCAAAGCAGCACAGGAUCUGUAUCUGGACCCGUCCAUUCGGAACUGGGUCCUGGUCCCGAUCACCUUGAUUAUGCUGCUUGUCGGUAUUCUGCGACACUAUGUCACUAUGCUUCUCACAUCUCCACCGAAACCAGCAGCUGUGGACGUUGUACGGGAACAACGGGCGAUUGGCCGAGCUCAAUUGUUGCGAAUGACGGCACCCUUCUCUCCUCUCUCUCCAGCUGCUUACCGCUCCAUUUCGGCUGCGCACUCGACUGUUCUCACCUCCGGACAGUAUCUCAAGAUCAAGCCGAAGCCAAAAGAGGGUGAAAUUCCGAAUCCGUUCGAGGGAGGUGGUAUGGAGAAUGCCAUGGAAGGCAUGAAGAAGCAGGCUGUGAUGAUGGUACCCAAUAUGGUCAUUAUGCAGUACAUUUCGAUAUUCUUCUCCGGCUUCGUGCUCAUUAAACUCCCCUUUCCUCUCACUGCGGGCUUCAAAUCCCUCAUGUCAAAGGACAUCAUGACGCCAGAUCUCGACGUCAGAUGGGUCUCCGCUCUCUCGUGGUAUUUCCUAAACUUGUUUGGUCUGAAUGGAGUUUUCAGGCUCAUUCUCGGAGAUGCAGGGCCACAAGUCGAGAGUCGAGAUGCCAAUGCCCUCGCGCAACUCUCUGGUGCUGGAGCCGUAUCCCUGUCUGGGCCUGGGGCACCCGAUAUGGAGAAGUUGUUCAAGGCUGAGACAGAGAACCUCGCGCUUGCAGAAGGCCUCUACCGCUGGUCUGCUGAUGGCGUCGAGGAUAGAGUGCUCGAGAUCUGGGGGAAGAAGCAGUGAAGGAGCAUGCAUACAGUAGGAUGAAGAA